AUGCCACAGGCGGGGACAGAAGCGUCUCAGAAGCGGCUGCGGCGAGAUCAGGAACUGGGGCGAGAUCAGGAACUGGGGCGAGAUCAGGAACUGGGGCGAGAUCAGGAACUGGGGCGAGAUCAGGAACUGGGGCGAGAUCAGGAACUGGGGCUGCAGGCAAUUGCUGUGGGGGCGCUCGCCCGGGAACUGCAGGGGACUGCAGCGGGGGCACCUCAGGAGCGGCUGCAGCAGGGCGGUCAGGGACAGGAGCGCAGUCAGGGACAGGAGCUGCAGCAGGCGGCUGCAGUGGGGGCGCCUGCCCGGGAGCUGCAGGUUGCUGCAGUGGGGGCGCCGGCCCGGGAGCUGCAGGUGGCUGCAGUGGGGGCGCCUGGACAGGAACAGGAGCGCGGUCAGGAACAGGAGCGCGGUCAGGAACAGGAGCGCGGUCAGGAACAGGAGCGCGGUCAGGAACAGGAGCGCGGUCAGGAACAGGAGCUGGCUGCAGUGGGGGCGCCUGCCCGGGAGCUGCAGCAGGCGGCUGCAGAGGGGGCGCCUGCCCGGGAGCUGCAGCAGGCGGCUGCAGAGGGGGCGCCUGCCCGGGAGCUGCAGCAGGCGGCUGCAGAGGGGGCGCCUGCCCGGGAGCUGCAGCAGGCGGCUGCAGAGGGGGUGCCUCUGCAGGAACUGGAGCGCGGUCAGGAACUGGAACACAGUCAGGAACAGGAGCUGGCUGCAGUGGGGGCGCCUGCCCGGGAGCUGCAGCAGGCGGCUGCAGAGGGGGCGCCUGCCCGGGAGCUGCAGCAGGCGGCUGCAGAGGGGGCGCCUGCCCGGGAGCUGCAGCAGGCGGCUGCAGAGGGGGUGCCUCUGCAGGAACUGGAGCGCGGUCAGGAACUGGAACACGGUCAGGAACAGGAGCUGGCUGCAGUGGGGGCGCCUGCCCGGGAGCUGCAGCAGGCGGCUGCAGAGGGGGCGCCUGCCCGGGAGCUGCAGCAGGCGGCUGCAGAGGGGGCGCGGCUGCAGGAACUGGAGCGCAGUCAGGAACAGGAGCUGGCUGCAGUGGGGGCGCCUGCCCGGGAGCUGCAGGUUGCUGCAGUGGGGGCGCCUGCCCGGGAGCUGCAGCAGGCAGCGAAGGCGGCUGCGCAGGCGGCGGCUGCGCAGGCGGCGGCAGCGGCGAAGGCGGCUGCGCAGGCGGCGGCAGCGGCGAAGGCGGCUGCGCAGGCGGCGGCAGCGGCGAAGGCGGCAAUGGCGGCUGCACGGGAGCGGGGUCCGCGGGCGGCAGGAGCGGAGGGAGCUCCUCGGGUCCGGCCGUUGCAGCGAGCAGCGGAGGGAGGUCCUCUGUACCGGCGAUCGCCGGUCUCCUUCUCCCUCGCUGGCGCCUAGCGGUGGCGGGAGGCGGCGCGACGUCCGUAAAAACGGACGGCGGAAGAAAGGCCUCCGGCUCCGGGUAAGGGUAGAGGAAGGGCUCCUCGUCCUCGUCCUCACUGGAGAACCAGUAUUUCCACACGGGAUCGGGGUCGCGUGUGGUCAGCCUCCGGGCUGGAGGUAGGGCGGGUACUUCCCUUUCGUCCCCUGUCGGGAGCCAAAGCCUGGAGAGCGAGCAGGCGCCGAGACGGAUCGUCUCCUGCGGGACUCUCCUCCUCCCUGUCCGCUUCUUUUUGUGGUCCGUCAUUCUGUCACGAUCGGGGUGCAGCGAGCGCGGCGAUCGUGCGUGUAAGGAGCAAUGAGCAGGCAGACAGGCGAAUACGGGGCAAAACGGGAGUUUACUGGGGAAACAGGGACCAGGAAACAGCUCACGCUUACCAACAUUAGGAAACACCAAUGACGGACCACGCUAACAGGUAAGACCAGGACUUAAAACCAGACAAGACUAAUCAAAGUAAUCAGAUACAGCGGGGUACAAUCAGGGAAAUACACGUGGGAAGGCAGGGGGCGUGGCACACACGAGGAGCGGACGAGCCGGGCAUGACAAUUAUGAAUAUAGAAGAAAACAAACUUUUAAAUAAAAUUUUAUGUUGUACCUUUUAU